UCCUUCAGCAGACUACUACUUGUGACUUUUCUCUCUUUUUAAUAUAUGCAAUGGCUGGAGAUAUAAUCUAUGCUGAUAUCAAACAUUCAUCUUCAGAACAUUCAUCUUCACGUCAGAGAUCUGAUUCUCACCACCAUGGAAUUUUCCUGAAAGUCGAAUGUGCAAUGAUUAUCAUCCUUCUUGUAAUAGUAACUGUGCUGAGCAUUUUUGUUAUCCGGUUCAAAUCUGCAAGACAUACUAAAGUAAAUAAUGAAUCAAAAGAGAAAUACUGUACUGGGCAAAAUAAAUCUGAAACAAGCACGUCAAUAGGUUAUUUCAACUCUUCUACUGCUAGUAAAUCAUGCCCCUCUGAAGACUGGAAGCUACAUGGGGGGAAAUGUUACUGGGUUGCUAAAAGUGAGAAAUCUUGGAAUGAAAGUAAAAAUGACUGUGUCAUGAAAAAUUCACAUCUCAUGGUGAUCCAAGACUUCAUUGAUAUGAGUUUCCUAUGGCGGAACCUACAGGCUUCAGCCUCUUAUUGGGUUGGUUUGAGGAUCCCUCCUGGAGAGGAAUUAUGGACCUGGGUGGACAAUAGCACUUUUGACCCCCAGCUGUUUUCAAAGAAGAAAAAAAAGCCACGGACCAGGAGUAUGAAAUGUGUCCUGGUGUCUUAUACCGAGAUAACUGAAGAAAGUUGUGAGAAGCAUCAUCAGUGGAUUUGUCAACUGUAAUCCACUCGGCAGAAAAUUGGUCUCCAUCUGUCUGACUGAGAGACACCACAUGAAGCUUGAGCUCAGAUCAUAAGAAAGUUCAGAGGGUUGCAUGUGUCCUAGAGGGCUGUGUGUGUGUGUGUGUGUGUGUGUGUGUCCAUUUAUGAUUCAUGUGGGUAUAGUAAUAUUUCUCAGAAGUGUGGAAAGGGCAAUAGAGAAAAUGUUUUAGAAAAUGAGUAGUUAUGAUGAAUAGAUUUUUACAUGUGAAUGAUCAAUGUAGUUAUUCAAUCAUCCGUCUUGUUUUGCCAGUAUUUUUGGAACUUCAGUCUUUAUCUUUUCUGCAUCUUCCCUCUAUGAUAUCCUUAGCUAAUCACCUACAUUCUCAUGAUUUCAACUACCACAUACAAUGCAAUGCCUAUCAAUGUUAUAUCUCUAGUCCAGAUCAUUCCCUGAUCACUAGACCUGUAUACCGUCCUGCCUGUUUAACGUAGCAAAUCUACAAUCUCAAAGGUACUCCGAUCUCAACAUAUAAAAAUAAUUCAUUAAAUUUCAUCAUAAAAGGAACCAUCUUCCAGCACUCCAUAUCUCAAUAAAGGACAUGCCAUACAAGACAAUUAUGCCAUCUAUAAACCAGCUGUGGUCUUGUUAUAACCCUCUCUUUCACACACAGCUCUAGGCUGCUAUCCCCUUUCCAUCUCAUAUCACCAAGUUUUACUUAUUUUUUUUAUUAAAUCUCUCUCAAACUUGUCCUCCUCUCUCCAUCACCCCUUUCACGAUCUUAAUACAAAGGUACUAAAAUAUUAAAUAACUGCAAUAACAACAUCUUCCUGUUUUACUUUUCUUCCAUUUCAAUCAUUCCCUGCCUUGAAUUCUGUGAUGUUUUUAAAAAUAUAUACUGACAAUGCAAUCUUCCCUUUAAAAAAUACCACAAUAUCUUCCUUAUAAUAAUACCAAAUUCCAUAACAUAGCCUAGAAAUCCCUAUCAGGUUUAACCUUUCCUUACUUAUUCUGUCUCUUCCUACACCAAACACCCAAACUCUCAGGACCACAACUCCAUUAAACUAAUUUCUGGAACUCAUGCUGUAUUUCACCACAUUGCCUUCACAGAAGUUGUUCUCUAGACCUGAAAUUCUCCUUCUUCUCUUCUCCAUCAGGUUACCUCCCAAAUAUUCUCUAUAUCUCUGCUCAGUUUUUAAGACCUUUUCCUUGAGCUCCAUGACAAGGUCAAAUAUUCUGACAUUAUAUUCCCCUCCCCAGUACUUACCACAUUUUAGGUCUUACCUAUACAAGUCUUUUGAGUGAAUAUUUGAUUAAUGUCCUCUGCCCUCACUUGACUGUAAAUCACAUAAAGACCCAAUAUCUGUUUUUAUAUUUUUAGUGCCUUUUAAAUUACCUACUACAUAAUAACUACUCAAAAAAUAUUUAUUAUAUUAAGUUUUCUCUAAGAGAUCACAGAAGUAAAAUGCUGAUACGUGGCUAGGGAGAUGGGGUGCAAAAGAAGAAGACUCAGCUGAUGGAGGUCUAAUUGUUAGGUCAUUAAAAGUCAACUGAAGGGGGCUUCCCUGGUGCCACAGUGGUUGAGAGUCCGCCUGCCGAUGCAGGGGACACGGGUUCGUGCCCAGGUCCGGGAAGAUCCCACAUGCCGCGGAGCAGCUGGGCCCGUGAGCCAUGGCCGCUGAGCCUGCGUGUCCGGAGCCUGUGCUCCGCGGUGGGAGAGGCCACGGCAGUGAGAGGCCCGCGUACCGCAAAAAAAAAAAGUCAACUGAAAACCCAAGUAUUUGUCUGCUCUGUGACUGAUAUAGAAAGAGAAUCCUAUAAAUACCGAAGAAGUUUAUAAGAAGGGUUAAGUGCUUCAAAGACAAACAUUUUUGUGAUGUUUAUGCUCACCUCUUUACCUUGAUUAUAUCCUUACAAGUUUUCUUUGUAUUAUCUCAUAACACAAACCACCUUAUAUAUGCUGAGUUGGACAUUGUGUAUAAACUGGUAAGCAAAGCAUUUAC